ACUACAGACGUGACCAGAACAGUGCAUUUCGGACAGCCGUCGGCCGAACAAAUCGAAGCGUAUACGAGGGUGUUGAUGGCGUCCAUCGAUCUUGCAUCGUUCACAUUUCCGUACAAUUUGAAACUCAAUCAGAUUGACGUAAUUGCCAGGGCGCCGCUCUGGGAUUUCGGUUACGACUACAAACAUGGUACCAGCCACGGGAUCGGAGUGUUUCUCAAAGUCCAUGAGCCACCUGUUAAUAUGUAUUAUGGGCAAAAAGCAAGUGACGUAGUGCUCAAGGAAGGUUAUUUCAUAUCUGACGAACCCGGUUAUUAUAAAGAAAAUCAUUUUGGCGUACGUCUAGAAACUAUAUUAGAAGUGAUAACAAAGAACGAAACAAUGGGUAAAUAUUUGACGUUCGAGCCGAUCACUCUAGUGCCGUUCGAACCAAAGCUCAUCGAUUACUACAUGCUCAGCCCAAAACAAGUACGUAUCUAUACUUGUAAAGUAAAUUUAAACGGUAGGUACCAAAAAAUGUCGCACAAAUCUUUCGAACGUCUCGACGAUUAUGCACUUAUGCUACGAGAUUGUUUUGCGUUUUUUUUUUACUACCGAAUUAUCUCGACAUGCGAUCAAUGCAUAGGCACAAAUAGGGGGGGGAUUUAGAGGCUAAGUCCCAAACCCUAUUUGCGC